AAAAUCUGCUGGAAGAGCAAUGGCUAAUAGAUUUUCCACGAACAUAACUAUCGAGAACUUUAAUAUGUUUGACUCCAAACUUAAAGAGACGACAAGCUCCAAGCGUACAGCCGUACGCAGGACAGCCACACGACACCCUCGCUCCUACACUAUCGUGUUAUAUGCUUAAAAUUUCUUAUUGAGAUAGAGAGAGCGACAAGUACGGAAUAAGAAAAUAGAAAUGCAAUAUUUUUCAAAUUGUGGUCCAUAGAUAGAUGAUUCAAUUUCAAAGUGGAGGGUGCCCACAUUGGCCGUAACUUCUAGGGUACAGUGACCUCACUCUUUUGCCCCUUGGCUCCACCUUUGUCUUUAUGUUUUUUUUUUUCAGACUUUUUGGUAAUCGAAAUGACGUUUUCCUGACUCAUCACCCUCCUUUACAUCAUUUCUAUGACUAAGCAUUACUAUUCUUAAUUGGUCGGUCGUGUACUCGUGUUUUUGAUUAAAGUUGGAUCACUCAUCGUUUACUUUUUCCAUCGUGUCUUUUUUGUUGUUCUUUGAUUUAUUUUUGGGUUUAUUAUUUAAAAAUGUAAAGUUUAACAAUAUGUAUUCAGGCCCAUUUUUCAGCUCUUUCAAAGUGAAAACCGUUCCGGUGGCCGGCGUGCAUCUCGCCGUCGGUCGCCAUCUCUGUUUCUAUUUUGUUUUUUGAUACCUUUGUAUCAUAUAAUCGAUCUUUAGAUCGAAAUAAACUUCCGGUUAGCGGAUUACCCUUUCGUUAGGCGACUUUUGUUUUACCGACUUGUUCGGGUUUCAUAUCACCCCUUUCACUGAUCUUCAUUUCAAUUCCGAUGGCUAUUGAUCUGAUAUCUUUUUUCAUUGUUUCAACUUUAUCUCUUCCUAAAAGAAUCAGUCUUCACAUGAUAUAUCAGCCGUGUUCUAUGGCGUCGAAGUGAAGCAUCUUGGACUGGAAGAAGAGUGAGUUUGAUGGAUUUAUAAGUCUCUAUGAAGAAGAUUCAGCAGAGUUGGCGUUUGACAACGGUCCAACAAAGAGUCUCCUUUCAUCCCGACUUGAACUUCCUAUGUGUUUAAUUAACGGUGAAUCAAGGUCCCUCUGAUCAAUUUGUCUCGGCUUGAGUGAAAGGCGUCUUCCAAGUGAGUACAAGCUUUAGUUGACUUGAAGUCUUGCAGAGGUUCUGAUGGAGAGCUUCACCGGCGAGCUACUCCUCUUCGGUGGUGGAGCCAAGGUUGGGGGAAUCAACAGGUGUCUAACAUGCGUCCUAGUAUCCAGCCACGUAAUGCCAACAUAUGGGGAUCUGCUUACACGUGUUCGUUAGAUUGUAUGCUCUAUUUUCAGAUUGUUCACGUGUUGACUUUAAGUCUAAUUAAAUAUUGUACUCAUGUUUAGCCAAAAGGCUUAAUGAAAAGUAUGUUGACAAAAAAAAGAAAAUGUAUUCAGGCCCAUUUUUCAAAUAAAAACCCAACCUUAACUAAACCAAAAAAGAGCCAUAGAUCAUAAGAGGAAGUGAGAACGUUGCACCUCAGAAAAGAAAAGUUUUUUUUUUUUUUUAACACUGAAUGUUUCAAUAGCAAAGCCUAAAAAGGCAACGUAUAGAAGUACAUAUGAUAAAGAAAGACAAAACACAGAUACCAGUAGGUACCAAUAACAGAGACAGAGGAGAAAAUCCACAGAGAUGUGUACUCGUGAUAAGUAAAAUCUCCCAACAGCACAUAUAGCUUAAUCACACAGCUUGUGCUUCGGAGAGAUGGUAUGCGAUAGCCAACUAUGGCCUUCAGUAGCAACAUAUGAUUGGGUGCGGAAGUUAGCUAUAACACUCUCAGCAAUAGCAGUAGACACUCUGUUUUUCGAUCCCUGGACAUGUACGAGUGACCAAGAGUCUAGUCUAGAGAAGAGAAGCAGUAUGCGUUCUAUAAGUGACUUCAACUCUGGAUACCGAUGAGGCUCAAGUAGCGAUUCUCUCAACUCAAUGGAUGAGGCUUCCAGAAUAAAAUAUUUAGAAAAGAAAAGUUUAGUCCAGGUUACAAAAGCUGCAAGAGUAUAAUUGGCUUAAAAAGCUUCAUAGAUAAUUAAAAAAAGCUUUCACUUAUUUCGUGCCUCACACAAUAAUCUAAUGGGCUAAGGCCCAAGGAGUUAAUACGAGGGAAAAGUCAACCUCUUGCUCUCUCAGAGUAUGUUUCGGAUCUAAGUCGGUUCGGUCGGGUCGUCCAGCUCACUGCUUUCCAGUUUCCACCCAUCUGAGUCUGCUCUCAACCAAAUCAACGCCGUGUAUCUGAAGGUAACCCUUCACUAAAGUAGAACUCUUUCCCCUGUUAUCUUCUUCCACCAGUCUUACUUCGUCUGUCAGCAAGCUUGCUCUGUUUUGGUUUUGCUUGAAACAAAGUUUACACUUCUUACUGCAUGCUCUGUUUUGGUAAUUGCCUUAUAACAAAGCAUUGUAUUUAGGGUAUAUGAGUAAAGAGCUGAGAAGCUUUUGUCUCCCAAUAAGCUUGCUCUGUUUUGGUCAAAGAUCGGUUCUUGCAUCUUUGAAGCCACGAAGAUUCCUUGCCAGAGCAAUGAGUUCGUUCAUGAGCUUCUUAGAGGUGUGGGCCAGCAUUUUGAUAGGUUCAUCAAAGACCUAAAGGUAUGGACUUUUUUGAGUUAAUCUACCGAAAGAUAGUCAACGACAACUACCUUUACGCCCGAGUUUCAAAGGUUAUUGAAGACAAGUCAAAGUUGUCUGAAGAGCACAUCCCUAUGCUUACUGAUAUCCUUGGAGAUGAAGAUAAGGCUAAAGAGGUCGUUGAAGCUGGCAAAGCAUCUAUGGAUUCUUGGUGCUGAGAAAGCACUUUUCAGGGCGUUGAAGACACGUGGAAACACACCCAAGUAUGGUCUGAUAUUCCACUCUUCAUUCAUUGGCCGUGCAUCUGCUAAAAACAAGGGACGUAUUGCUCGUUACCUAGCAAACAAGUGCUCGGUUGCUUCCCGGAUUGAUUGUUUCGCUGAUAGCAGCACUACAGCUUUUGGUGAGAAACUUAGGGAACAAGUGGAGGAGCGACUAGAGUUUUAUGACAAAGGUGUUGCCCCACGUAAGAAUGUGGAUGUAAUGAAAGAAGUGCUGGAAAGUCUUGAGAAGAAAGAUGAGGGAGAAGCAAUAGCAGUGGAGGCCUCAGAGAAGAACAAGAAGAAAGAUAAGAGAAAGACAGAGGAAAAGGAUGAGGGAGAAGAUGGGGAGAAAUCAACGAAGAAGAAGAAAAGCAAAACAGUAGAAGAGGAAUUGACAAGUCACAGAAGAAAAAGAAGAAGAAAACUAAGUCACAAGGUGAAGAAUAUACCAAGACAGGUUUCCGUAAUGUAGUAGUUAUUUUCCCACAUGCCAAGCUUUUAUUUAAUUUAAUAACAAAUUGAAUUAACCAUAUCAGAUUUUAUAGUAUUGAAUCUCUUAAAUGAAAAGUUCACUUUUAUAUUUUUUUUUUAUAACAAAAUACUAGUAAUCUAAGCAGAUUCCAAAUCCGUUGGCCACCUCGAGGAAAUUGAAUCAACAUAAACCAUAGCAGAAGACAGAUUCCAAGCACCACGUGCCAGCUUAUCCGCCAUUAUGUUUUUUGCCCUUUGGAUAUGUUGGAGAGAGAAAGUUUGAAAAAAUUCCUUACAGCGCAAGAAUUCUUCCAUAUGUGUAGUGAAUGCUGGCCACUCUGUAGGUGUAGACACCAUAUUCACCAGUUGAGAACAGUCAGUUGCAAACACCACCUCUGAGAUAUGAAGGGUCUUCAUGGACUCUAUUGCUCAAAUCAUCGCUUCACAUUCGACAUGUAAAGGUGAUAGACUCCUGCGGAUGUUUAUGGCUCCCAUCAUAGUAUCAGUAGAUCCUUCAUUCCUAUAAAAUCAUCCUUGUCCUGUAAAAAUAUCUUGUUCUUUCCAUGCUCCGUCAAUAUAACACCAAUUGGUACCAUGUAAAAUUUGAUUUUCUGGCAAUUCCGAAAAAACUCGUGUUGAGGGUUCCUUAAUUUGAGCUUCAGUCCACAGAGCACUUUCGAUC